CAGUUACAAGAAAAUUAGAGCACCUGACUCCCAUAACAUGGCUUCCUUAGUAAGAGUCUGUUCAAGCUUCAUUCUAGCAGUUUUAGUGUCUAUCGCAGUUCAAAUCCUUUUCUUCUCACCCAUUGAUCCAGUUUUGCUUGAUCUAAAACCUUCCACAACAACCAGAGACAACAAAUUACAGAACAUCAUUAAACUUGGAGAUGGGCAUGUGAAGGAACCAGAAGAUCUUUGUGUGGAUAAAGAAGGGACUAUGUAUACUGCUACUCGAGAUGGUUGGAUCAAAAGAAUGGUCAGAAAUGGAAAUUGGGAGAAUUGGAAGCAUAUCGGUGGUGAUACCUUGAUAGGAGUCACAGAAUCUAAAGAAGGUGGUAUCAUUGUUUGUGACUCUGCCAGGGGUUUGCUGAGGGUUAGAGAAGAUGGUAUCAGUGUUCUCACUUCACAAGCUAAUGAUGGUUCUAAAAUAAGGUUUGCAGAUGAUGCAAUAGAAGACUGGGAUGGGAAUGUGUAUUUCAGCAUUGUGAGUACGAAAUUUGAUAUGCAUCAUUGGCAUCUAGAUUUCUUAGAGGCAAGACCUCAUGGACAACUUUUUAAGUACACUGCAAAAUCCAAUGAAUCUGUUCUUCUUCUCGAUAAUCUUGCCUUUGCUAAUGGAGUUGCACUCUCCAAGGACCAAGAUUUUCUUUUGAUCUGUGAAACUUGGAGAUAUAGGUGUCUGAGGUAUUGGUUAAAAGGAGAAAAGAAAGGCAAGACAGAUAUUUUCGUAGAAAACCUUCCUGGUGCACCUGAUAAUAUCAAUCUUGCUCCUGAUGGAACCUUCUGGAUCGGUUUGAUUCAGUUGAGUUCUGAAAGGCUGGAGUUUAUGUACAACUACAAGAUAACGAAGCACCUGCUAGCUGCAUCUCCAAGACUGUUUAACUUUGUGGCUGAUCUGAAGAGAAGAGCAAGGGUGGUGAAUGUGGGAACUGAUGGGAAGAUAAUUAGGAAGUUUGAAGAUGGUGAUGGGAAGGUGAUUAAUUUUGUGACUUCAGCUUUGGAGUUUGAGGAGCAUCUUUACUUAGGUAGUCUUAGUUCAAACUUUGUUGGAAAAUUACCACUGCAUGGUGCAUAGAAUG